UUCGCUUCCACUCGCUUCAUCUUCUCUAUUUCCCCUUCUAGCGAUCUUUAUCACCAUUAACAAUCAAUCCUACUCUUUCUUGCCCAUCUCUUUUCUGCAAUCUUCUUCCAGAUAUCGGUUUUCUUUCGAUUUCUCCUCAGAUACCUAAUGGCCUCUUCGAUAGUAAAGUUUCCUUGGAAGCGGCAGUAUCUAAUUCUAGCAAUAUAUCAAAAAAAAUCUCAUCCCGUUGCGUUUUAGAAGUGUUUUAUUGUCCAGUGGUUAUGUUAGUUUUUCAAUCUUUACGAUUAGAAUGGAGUAAAGUCUCCUGUUCAAAUUGAAUCAGCUAAGGUUUUGGUUCAGCUUUGUUGAUUGUGGGACAUGCUCAGACGAAUCAGAGUUUUCUUUUUGAAAACGUUACGAUAAAGCUUUUUACAGAUCUAUCAAAGCUCUCUUGGGUAUCAACUCCAGCGGAUGGAGAAGGCUCCUAUUAUACGUAACGGCGACAUGAAAGAAUGAUUAUACAAGUGGGUUUGGUGAAGUCCAGUCGUGAAUUUGAGGAUGAGGAUUUUCUUUCAAAUCCGAUUGGUUUUUCUUUACGAUUAAUACUCUAGAUCAGAUGAUUUGAGUAUGGUUUCAUGCAUGGGAAUCAAUCUAUGAAGUUCUUUAGUGUUCUGAGACAUAUGUUUGUUUGUUUGUUUGUAUGAUGGUGUAACGAGUAGAAAAUGAACUGAUUCAGUUGUUUAUUUGAUUGCAGUGUUGUCCACCUAGAGAGAUUUAAGUAGCCUGAACCUGGAAAAUAGAUCUUGGUGUAUGUGUAUCUCAUAAGAGUGAUUUUAGGAGAUUUAUGGCUGUAUGAACUCUUGGAGUUUGAAGAGAGACUCUCACAAGCUGUUAACCGGGUCAUGAAUGCGUGGUUAGGGACAUGCUUCAACCAAGGGGAGCGGACAUACCUUUACUGUUCUUGGUUUUGGUUGUAUUUCCUGUAGUAGCUUACAUAUUAUUAGGCAAAUGGAGUGAUAGUUCUGAAAAGAGAGGGAGGGCUAACUUGCUGGCUCAGAUGGCAGCUGAGGAAGCUUUGAUGGCUGAAAUGGAAGUUAAUGUGAAUAGAGGUGUAAGAUUUGAGGCUGUAGCUACUGAGAAUAGAGGUCUAAGAACCAAGACCAAGGCCGCCGUUUCUGCUGCGAGUGGUGCUGUAAGAGAUGAUAUUGUGGCUGGUGUGAGUGGGACUGUCGCUGAGCAGAGAUUUGAAUCUGUGGCUGCUACUCCGGGAGUCCCUGUUAAUAAUGAGUUUCAUGUAUGCGCAAGGUGUUUUAAUCCUGCUAAGACACGCUGCUCGAGAUGCAAAUCUGUUAGAUACUGCUCUGGCCAGUGCCAAAUAAUUCACUGGAGGUUAGCUCAUAAAGAUGAAUGUAUCCCUGUGGAGACUUGCUCUUCAUCAUCUGAGAUGGGUUCCUUUGAGAAUGAUUCUGUUUUGCAUGACCACAACAUCGAUUCUACAAUGUAUAGUAACAGUACUAAGCAGAAAGCGAAGGGAAAGAAUUCAAAAAGCUCUGUAGAAUUUGAAAACUUGGGUACCUCUACACCACAAGUCAACACUCAAAGGAGAAAAAGCCUAGGAAAACCAGAUUCUUCCAAGUCCACCCGAGAAUCAUUUAGUGGUAAAGCCGUUUUGCUACUGGAGAUAACAAGAAGGGUCACACUAGACAUAAGCCAAAAAAAUUGUUCUGUCUUGCUAAAGGUCUUCAUGGUUCUUGAAAUUUAA